UUUCAGAAUAGAGGAAUAACAGUUUAAUAUGGUAAUGGCUAAUUAGCCAAGUAAGCGGUCAUUACCCUCAGGCAUAAGGAUAACUUGCCAUUAGUGAGCUGACGGGGCAUCUUGUGACUUUUUUUUUUUUUUCCCCUUUGCCCAACAGAAGAGGAAGGGAGUACUGGUGGAUGACAGUGACAAAGCAGUGGAGCCUGUGCUGUUUUUCCACAGUUCCUAGCUUUGACAGUUAUGAACUGGACAAGAAGACAGCUGUAAAUAAAGCCAAGAGAACUUGGGAGUACACCCUGAAGGAAAGUAAUUACCACAGCUCUCUUUGGUCCGUGGAAAUUCAGUCAGCCGUGGUUUUGUGGACUCUGUUCUUUAGACAGCUAACACACACACACGCACAGACACCACUGAAUGGACUGCAGCAGUAUGGACGCUGGUUUCUCUUCUUUGCGCUCGGAGGCAGCAGGAGCCAUGAGGACAGUGUUGGUGUCUGCUGAGAACUUACAGCUUACUCUGAAGCCUGAGCUCAGUCAGGAAGAACAGUCACUCACACACACCAACAGUAGCCCUAAGGACUCACACAAAGCCGGGAAUGAAGACCUUAAAGAGAUGUUGGAGAGCAGCAAGGAGUCGCUCAAACUGGAGGCCAUGAAGAGAAUUGUCGGGCUCAUUGCCAAGGGCAAAAGUGCCUCCGAGUUGUUUCCUGCUGUGGUGAAGAAUGUUGCGAGUAAAAAUAUCGAGCUCAAGAAGCUUGUGUACGUGUACCUGGUGAGAUAUGCAGAGGAGCAGCAGGACUUGGCAUUGCUGUCUAUUAGUACAUUCCAGCGGGCCCUUAAGGACCCAAACCAGUUCAUCCGGGCUAGUGCUCUGAGGGUUUUGUCCAGUAUCCGUGUCCCCAUUAUUGUCCCCAUUAUGAUGCUGGCCAUCAAGGAGGCUGCAGCUGACCUGUCCCCAUAUGUGAGGAAGACUUCAGCACAUGCGAUCCAAAAGCUGUACAGCCUGGACCCAGAUCAGAAGGAGCAGCUGAUCGAAGUGAUCGAGAAACUAUUGAAAGACAAAAGCACGCUGGUGGCUGGGAGUGUGGUCAUGGCCUUUGAGGAGGUGUGCCCAGAUCGCAUCGAUCUGAUCCACAAGAACUACAGAAAACUGUGUAAUCUGCUGGUGGAUGUGGAGGAGUGGGGCCAGGUGGUCAUCAUCUCUAUGCUGACCCGUUAUGCCAGGACACAGUUCACCAGUCCCUGGAUGGAGGGUGCUGAGUUUGAUGAGAAUAAAGCCUUCUAUGACUCUGACUCUGAGGAGAAAAAAGACCAGACAGAAGCAAAGCCUUACGUCAUGGAUCCAGAUCACAGACUGCUGCUCAGGAACACCAAACCUCUACUGCAGAGCAGGAACACCGCUGUAGUGAUGGCUGUUGCUCAGCUUUACUGGCAUCUGGCUCCUAAACAUGAAGUCAGUAUUGUCACCAAGUCACUGGUUCGACUCCUGAGAAGCCACAGAGAAGUGCAGUACAUUGUGCUUCAGAACAUCGCCACGAUGUCUAUACAGAGAAAGGGGAUGUUUGAGCCCUUCAUUAAGAGUUUCUAUGUGAGAUCGACAGAUGCCACGCAUAUCAAAACACUAAAGUUGGAGAUCCUGACCAAUCUAGCUAAUGAAGCUAACAUCUCCACAAUUCUGAGAGAAUUCCAGACCUACGUGAAGAGUCAGGACAAGGCGUUCGCAGCAGCUACCAUCCAGGCCAUCGGCAGGUGCGCCACCAACAUCUCUGAGGUGACGGACACAUGCCUUAACGGUCUGGUGCUGCUGCUUUCUAAUAGAGACGAGGCCGUGGUGGCCGAGAGCAUCGUGGUCAUCAAGAAGCUGCUUCAGACUCAACCCACUCAGCACGGUGACAUCAUCAAACACAUGGCCAAGCUCUUCGAUAAUGUCACUGUUCCCAUGGCCCGAGCCAGCAUCCUGUGGCUGAUGGGAGAGUACUGCGAGAAGGUGCCAAAGAUUGCGCCCGAUGUACUGCGCAAGAUGGCAAAGACGUUCACAGCAGAGGAGGACAUCGUCAAGCUGCAGACUGUCAAUCUAGCUGCAAAGCUCUACCUGACCAACUCUAAGCAGACCAAGCUGCUGACCCAGUACAUCCUGAAUCUCGGCAAAUACGACCAGAACUACGACAUCAGAGACCGAACACGAUUUAUACGGCAGCUGAUAGUGCCCAACGAGAAGAGCGGUGCGCUCAGCAAGUACGCUCGACGCAUGUUAUUGGCCCCCAAACCGGCUCCAGUGCUCGAGUCUGCCUUCAAAGAUCGAGACCGUUACCAGCUGGGCACUCUCUCCCACAGUCUUAACCUUAAAGCCACUGGGUACCAGGAGCUCCCAGACUGGCCUGCUGUUGCUCCCGACCAGUCUGUGAGAAACGUGGAGAUUGUUGAACCACUGAGAGAGUGGGCACCAAUAGUUGGGAAGACCAAACAGCCUAAAUCUGAUGACAAGUUCUACUCAGACGAUGAAGACGAGAAAGAGGAGGAAGGAUCCGACAGCAGCGGCAGUGGAAGUGAAGACAGCAGUAGCAGCAGCAGCAGCGAAGAAUCGGGCAGUGAGAGCGAGGAGGAAAGCAGUGAAGAUUCAGAGAAGACCUCCAGUGAUUCUGGAAAAAGCUCCAGUGGAUCUGAAAAGAGCUCCAGUGAGUCUGAAUCGGAUCAAAAAAAGAAGAAAAAGACCAAGAAAGCACAGCAGAAGAAAAGCAAGCCUACUGCUGACAGUGAUUCUGAUGAAAAUGGCAAUGGACCUGUAGGCCAGGCUAGCAGCUCAUCCUCUGAAAGCUCCUCAGACUCAGAGUCGGACUCUGAGUCGGACUCUGAAUCAGACUCGCCCGCACCCAAGAAGAAGACUGAAGUAAAGGCCAAGCCCAAGGUGGCAGUGAACUCCAAGAAGGAAGUCUCUUUACUGGAUCUAGAUGACUUUUCUCCUGCUCCCACCAACGCACCAAAGCCUUCUGUGCUCUCUCAAAGUCUGCUGUCCGACCUCGAAGGCCUCUCUCUCUCCAACAUCUCCUCCGCUGUGCAGCAGGAAAAAAAAUCUUAGGAACAUUAACAGAGGAGAUGUGUGCUGACAGCAGGAUCUGUAUCUGUGGAAUGGACUGAAUUGGAGCUAUAAGUGUGAGGGUGAAAACGCAUCAGGAAAGAAGAGAUAAGAAUGCAGUCAAGUCAAAAACAGUUUAUUUCAUGGUAGUCUUUUUUUUUUUUUUUGUACAUGUAAAGGGUAAUUUACUACUUCCAAAAAAAGCUGAAGCUGAAUUACCUGAAACUUUUAGUCUAGGCGUUUCCCCCCAUUGCUUCUUUGCCACUAUAAUCCAUUGCUAGAAGCUCUUCUACUAACUAACAACUGCUUUUUGCUUACUUUUGUCACCGUCACCAAAAGUGACGUCAAAACUGCUCACUGUGCUUUAGUGUCAUUUCAACUUGUCAUUCACAGUUUUUGUCCCAGCUUAAAGACGUGAGCAUGAUUUUUGUCGCAGUUUACUGCGAUUUCAAUGACAGGAGCUCAGAGAUUCUGACGUUACACAGAAGCCGAACAACAGUAAAAAAGAGGAGACAUUCUGGUGAAGCCUUUGAAAAACAAAAAAACCCCCAAAAACAGAUACAGAGGUUUUUAUGUGAGUGGUGACACCUAUUGUUCAUGAGAAGACUGCAGUGGGCCCUCUGGCACCACAGGACAGCACUAUAGUUGGCACAUAACACAAUCAAUACAUUGACCGUAAACGAGGCAUAAAAUGCCUGCAUAAAUGUAAUUUGUUGGCUAUAAACAUGAACCCUGACUCUUCCUGAACUAAUGGCAUCCAAGGAACUGAAGACUCAAGUGGAUUGUUAUAAUAAAGAAGGGCUGAGCGUGGGUUGCGUUAUGUUUUUACGUUGCCUUUUUUUUUUUUUUCCCUGACUUUUUGUUGUCAUCACAGGCCUGUAAAUGAGCUUCCUUUGGUCUCUUUAAAAGUGACUUUAGGCUGUCUCUAACUUUUUGUACACCCAGAUUUAACUGUGUGUGUCUGUGUGCGCGCUCCCAGCUUAUGUGAAUGGCCUCUGCUGCUGUACGUAGCCCUGCGGUGAGUUGGUCUGUAUUCUAAGUUUGCCCAUCAGUCCUGCUCGCCUGUCAGUCAGUAUGAUUGACAGCUGCUCUCAGGCCAGCAUUUAUGCAGCACAAGUCUUGUUAGCCAAUCUCUCCUCAGGUGAAGGCCAGGGAGUAAUAGAGAAUAGAAAUGCAGAUUAGAACAGGGAACUUUUUGCACAUCAACAUCUGAUUUAGAGUCAAUUCUAUGCAUAAAUACAUGAUGGGCAACGGGAUUCAUAGACAAGGGUAAAUAACCUCACCUUUAUUUACGCACGCCCCUCCUUCAACAACAGCUCUUUCCCACACCCACACACACACACAGACACACACACACACACACACGCUGGCCCCAGUGUCAUUUCUAUUUCUCAGCAAUCUGCCCACAGAGGCAGCGAGUCUGUCUCAGCUGAGCGCUCGGGCCUUUUUAGAGAAUUACUGCAUGGUUAUCAAAGGCAUUUAGAUUAACCCUGGCCACUGUCUUUGACCCACCUCCUCCUCUGUCUCCUCCUCCUCUCCUCAGCUUCUGCAUGCUACCGCUCUCUCUAAUAACAUUUUGACAUUAGGAUCUCUCACAAAUGCCUCUUAAAUCCUCCCCACCAUCCCACCUCACCCCCAAACCUCUUCCGACCGCUGUCCGUGUGUGCGGCGGGGUGGCUGAGGCUGAUAACUUUUCAUUCAUAAUUAGCAGUCAGCGAAUGGGGCUGCGCUGGGGGGAAAUUGAACUGUCAGCGGCGGGGCGCGGGGCGUUUGACCCCAUCACACCCAGAGGGGGCCAUCAUAAUUUGUUCAUUUGGUGUCCAUCAGGCGGACGCCGGCUCGCCCCCUCCUCCUCCCUCGCCUCCCUCCUCACCCUUCUGACCUCCCCCGUAGUGGGCGCUCUGGGUUCACAUCUAAUUAUGAAUCAGCAAAAGGACCUCGAGCGCCACGAAUAUAGAAGCUCCUGCCCUCCAAACCUCCUGCUGCCACUCAAACUGCGGAGAUUGUGGCUUAAAUAGGAAUAAAUGCCCACACGGAAGCAGCCAGUCAGUGUAUUCAGCAGGUAGUUUGGGAAAUGUUUGUAUUUUAAUGCUGACUGCCUUAGCCACUUUUUGCUUAUUAAUAAGUUUGUUUCAGGCGCAAAUCAUUUUCUAAUAUCUGUUUGUAAAUAAGCAUUUUAUCUUUUUCAUAUAGGUUUUGUUGUCGGCAUUGGUCUUUUUCUGGCGUGAUUAAGGUUAUGACUGUGUUCUCUCAAACUUCCAAUGAUCAUAUGCGUGUUUUCAUUAACAGCUGACACCUAAACUUAGCGAAAACACUUUGCCAUUUAAUUAAUGCGAGCUACUGCUUUAAGCUCUUAAUUCUUUAUUUUUGCAUUUAUUAACAUAAUUGCUAGGCUACUUUUCUGCCUUUUACUGUGAGUCUAUUUCUCACAAUAGAUCAUGUUUUCUGAUCCUCAAGUAAAGGUUACAAUAUCAUUAAAAUGCUUGUGAAGGUUUGCCUUCAAAAUCUGACCUCCAUAAAUGAUUUGACUUUAAUAAAAUAUGUGAUUAUAAAUGUAUUUUCUGAAUUGUACUACAGUACGCUUUUCCUAUGGUGUUACUCAACCUCAAUGUAAAUGUGCCACUGACAGCUACAUAGCUAACUGUCAACUGCUGUCCGUUGACCAGAUGUUAAAAUAUUAAUUAAAAUGACAGUAAAACAUAACAUCUAAAUCAAUUGUAAUAGACUUGCACUUGCUUCAGACUACAAGUCACAUUUUUCAUACACUUAAAGCUGUUUAGCCAUGGAUGUGAGACAGACAGCUGAAUUACCAAUUAACCUAGCAUGCAUGGCACUGGGACUUUGGGAGAAAGCUGGAGUACCAACAGUGGCAAAGAAAAGCCCCACCUGGGGUUUGAACCAGGAACUUUCUUGCUGUGAGGCAACACAGUUAAUCCCUACAUUACGGUGCCAUGCACAAGUAGUAGUGGGUUGCUACUUGUGGGUGACCCACAAGACCAUGUGGGACAGUGUGACAAACACAGACAUAAAGCAGAUGAGAGCAGGCAGAUGUGCUGUAACUUGAUAUGAUGUCAAGUUUUAAUGGCUUUUUGUUUUUAACAUAACAAACCUAAGGAAUAUUAAUGCAAGACUUGUGUUCCCCCAGUAAUGUCCAAUAAAGAAAAAAACAGACAA